UAGUGUUUCCAUUCAGUGCUCUGUUCGGUGGCUGCUUGCUGUACUCUUAGAUUCAGAACCUUUCCGAAUACUGUUUGCUGGUUUCUCCUUCCUCGGAAUUUGGGCAGGACUCCUUUGCCUGCCAGCCUGUGGCUCCCCAUGUGUGCUGGGCAGGCACAGAUCGAUGGACGCCUCGUCACCGAACACCUGCUGUUGGCUCUGAUACUUGGUCUCACAGUCUGGCCAUGUGUGAGUUCAGAUGGAAAUUCCGAAUCGGAAGAAAAACUUAUACCCUGCUCAGAGUUCACAGAAAACUGCACAGAUACUUCGAUUUCUUCGAAAUGGAGUGGCCAUUUUUCCAGAUGUCCAAAACAAUACAGAUAUUACUGUUACAAGGGAAAGUGUCGUUUUGUUACAUCAGAAAAUACUCCAGCUUGUAUCUGUGAACCAGGUUAUACCGGAUCAAGAUGCGAGUACCUGGACUUAUUUUACUUGAAAGGAGACAGAGGGCAACUUGUAGUGGUUGUGCUGAUAGCGGCUAUGUUGACGCUCGUUAUAUUGAUUGUCUGCAUCUGCGUCUGUUCUCAUCACUGGAGAAAAGUGCAUAGGCAAAAAAAGAAAGCAACGGAAGUGAACACCAUGGAGAACGAUUUCACGGUAAAAAUGGAAGAAACCCAUUUGGCCUAAAGGCUGUCUUAAAGUUACCUGCGGGCAGGUUUAAUGCUGCUGUUACAGACUACCGCAAGCACACUUCCGACUAAACAACAGAUGUAUAUAUCAGCUUUUGGAUUGCAGCAGAAGAGAACUAUUGGAAGGAAUAAUGAUAAUCAAACACAAUUGUUUCAAAAAACAGUUUCUCAUUCAGUGGAAUCUGAAGAGGUUGAUAGAAUUCAGCACUUUCAUAAAGUGUUGAUUUGUGGAUAAAUAACAUAGAAUAGGCUUUGAGAAGCAUUAUGUUACGUUAUGACAUUAAUAACUUUAUAUCAAAAACAAGUUUAAAUGUA